AUAGAAAUGAAAAGCUGUAUUGAGUGUAAUGGUUUUAUAAGAUAUUUAUAGAUAACAACUCUUCCUAAAUCUAUGGCCAAUGAAAGAUGAAUGUAUUUCCAGUUAGAGAAAAGGGCUAACAUCUUCUAUUUGCCUCCAUUCCUGCCGGCAGUUCAAUUAAAUGGUUUUGCCAGCAGCUAUAGAGAUAGCUUAACUAGUGCUUUAUACAACUUAAAGGCGUACUCGAACCCUCGUAUUCAGGUAGGUUUUGAAUAUUCUUAGAGUCCUGUGUUACUUGAUGUGGAAAUAAAUCUUCUGUGAUUGCCCAUUCUACUUCAAUAGAUAAGAGUCUCAAAAAAAAGAGUUUCUCUUUAUAAUAACACCUCUAUUUAGUUACAGGUGAUGUCAUUUUCAUUGAAGCUGUGCUACAACUCAGACUUGUGGUAAUGCAACAAUUAUUCUGGUUAUACUUUUGGAGAGCCAAAGAAGCAUGGCCCGUAUGGAGACAAAAUAUUUAUGCUGAUUUCAAUCCAUUAACUGCUUUAAGUUGCCAAUUCUAGUAUGUCCUUCCAAAUGUAAAAGUAAUUCUGUCAAAGGGUAAAGUUAACUUCCAGAUAGAGAAUGCCGUCCUUCAUGCAAAGGAUCCA